AUGCCUUCUAAGAAGCGAAAGAUAUCUGACCUUGCCGAUGAUGCAAAUGAGCUCUUACUUGCACUCAACGAGUUCCAAACGGCCCUAGACGAAGACGAUGAAGACCUUCCAUCUGGUCUCAUCACUACUUUAGAGGAAUUCCGCACGAAGCUUGAAACUCACGUUUCUUUCUCUAAAGUUGACUCCUUCGUAUUGCCGCAAGUCAACAUCAAGUCAGGCCCCCUAUUCCUGGUUUCAGAGAAGAAGGCUUUAGCCGAAGAACAGGGAUCGACAGAAAUUGGGGGCAAGGCACUUUCAAUGGAGGUUUUGAAAGAGCUGAUAGAGUUGGUUCGAAAGCAUGUGUCUGUCGUGACUGAGGCCGGGUGCCGAGUUCUGAUAAAUCUCAUAUUACUCCGUGUUGCCUCCGCCAUGUCUACUGACCAGAUGGAUGUCAACAUCAUACCCGAAUAUCCUAUUCCUAAGACCUUGUUUCCUGGCAAUCGCUCCUUCGGCGGUGUGGUAGACUUCCUCAUCACCAAACUGCCUGGUCGAUAUACCCGUUAUUUGCUUGGAAAUCCAACGAUUGCCCUUGGAAACCCAACCGCGAUCAAGGGACCCAUGACCUCAAACAUAUUUGAGGCGAAGCGUGACAACGUGAAAGCAGCCAUUCCUCAAGCCAUCAUGGCCGCUGCAUCUCAUUGUAAACAACAUAGCCUAUCAGUACUCAGAGGAUGUGUAAGUAGUGGAGAACAGUGGAUAUUUUUUGUGUACAACGCUGCAAGUGGUGGCGGAGGCUCCGUCUUCUAUUCAGAGGAAUAUGAAAUUGGACCACAAUACGAGGGCUUACCACUCAUCCUCGGUCUCCUCCAUGACUGGGUUGGCAACACCACUAAUACUCAGCAAGUUUACUUUACAUUUGAGUGACAGGGAAUCCUGUGUGCUGUAAACAGAUUUCUUGGCAGCGUUCUCAAGCUUACCCACUGAACUAUGUUUGUACAUAAAUAACAAUGGGCUCCUGGGCAACUUGGUUGCACCAACACUAUCCUACAUAGGAAUGUGCACUUAUUCCCUUG